AUGGUUGUUAAAAACAUUCUCAUCACCACCGUCCUGCUAAAAACUGUCAGCCCUAAAAAUAAAGGUUCCUCCUUCGAGUUUCUCUGCCUUGAAAAUUGCUGGAGAAUAUGCGGGGCUGAGGGCGGGGGCCGGCACGGUCCUCCCUCCUCCUCCUCGUCCUCGUCCUCCUCCUCCUCCCGCUGCCUCCUGCUUCCCUUCUCCCGGCCGAGCCCCGAGCGGGGACGCAGCGUCCUGCAGAGGGCUGGGCCCCCGCGGAAGGCACGGCCCGCCGCCAGAUUCCGGUUACCACAACUGCUAAUUUCCAAUCCUUCCCGCUUCCGUUCCGCCAUGAGCCGGCCCUCAGGGCCUGCCUCUUGGGCGACGCUCUGCGUCCCCGUGCUCCUCCUCCUCCUCUCGUUUUCCCGAUGCUUUGCCUUCCCCGGGACAGAGGGGCAGGAGGCGGCCCCCUUCCCUGAGGCCCGGGCCCCAGAGGGAGAGGAGGACGGCCCAGUGAGUAGCGCAGGCCGCACCGCGAGUGACCUCGAGCCCUCAGAGGGCCCUGGAUGGGCAGUCGCCCCGGAAGAUGGAGAGCUCGCCGAGCCGCCCGGGACUUUAUCGGACGUGGCGUUCGCUCAUCAAGGGAAGCCACGGCCCCCCGGACUCAGCCUCAGCGGUCCGCUCCAAGGCCCGAGCCCCGGUGGCUUCUCCCCCACAGAGUCGGCGGACGCUGAGGCCGAGAGCAUGAGUGGGCCCGGCGGGCGGAGGGCAGGGCCUCCCCCGAGCAGACCCUCUGAGCUCGGGCUCGUGCCCGCCGUCACCCCCGCCCCAUCUCUGGACCUGGGCUUGGAGACCGGUCCCCUCGGUGGCCCCGGGAGCGAGCUGGCUGGAAGAGAGCCGGCGGAAGGAGGCCGCAGCUCUCCCCAGAAUCUGGGCGACCGGGCCCCUGCGUCGGAGCACGGUGCGGCAGACGAGGAGGGCUGGGGCCGGUCCGCCUCGGCCCCGGGGGGCACCGGAGGGAGACCGACGGCAGACCCGAGAAGGGGAAGCUUCGCCGGGGCCGGCGGGCAGAGUCCCACGGCCGAGCCGGGAGCCUCGGAGUCCGAGGGUGACCUUCCUUCUCCGUGGACGCCCACCGGAGCCCCGACCCCCGUCCCCGAGGACAUCCUCGUGCCCCAUGAGGGCCCCCCGGGCAUGCUCUCUCCCCAAGCCGGAGUGGCGGGAGACACGGAGGCAUCGGCCAGCCCCAUCCCAGCCACCCCCUCGGUCCCAAGCGACGACUGGGAUGACACCAAACUAGGAACCGUGAUCCACGUGGCGGCCACCAGAACCCAAGUCCCCCCAAGGACUACGGGAGGACUUCCAACUGCCCAGGCCACACAGGGCACCUUGGGCGAUGUACAAGCUCUCGCCAACUCUGCAGAGACCCCUCCAGGACUGACCUCCCCAGAGACAGGCCCAGGGCCCGCUGGGCAGGAAGAGAUCUCCACAGAGCAGAACCCGGUCCCCACCGCGGGCCCAGGGGACAACCCGGGCCCCAGCACCGGAUUCUCGUCCCCGGGCCCGGUCGGCCCCACCGCGGAGAACAGGGAGAGCGAUGCCGUGCCGUCUCCAGGGACGAUGGUGCCCAUCGUGGAUUCCGAGUCGGAUAUGGAGCUGCAAGGUGUGAUAAGCCCAGCGAUGGCCACCGCUAGCCGAGAAGCAGAAGCCACGCUGCCAUCGGAGACCACCGGACUGGACUCCACUCUUCACACCACGGGAGCACCCAGUGAAGCCGAGGAGAGGAGAGAAGUAUCAUCUCCGGGCUCUCCUGGUUCUCCCGUAGUCCAGCCGCCGGGGAAUAUCCCAAAUCCCAGUUCCACGACUAUCCCGCCUUCGUCUCCGGCCAUCACGCCGGGUUCGGAAGUCACACAGCUGACCCCCUUCUCUUCCCCGUCCUCCGGACUCCCCUCAGAGCCGGUCACCGUCUUCGGCGAGGAGGCCAUCACUCCCGUCUCGGACUCUUCGGUGACGUUGCCCGGGCUCCUGGAGGAGACGGCGAGAGUUUCCCCGGCCGUUCCCGCUUCCGUGGCCUCCUCCGUCCGGAGAACCGCCGUCCCGUCGGCGAGACGCGUCGACCCAGCUGGCUCCUACGGCCUGGAUCGUCUGGAGUCCGAAGAGGGAGAUGAAGAUGAAGAGGAGGAGGAGGAAGAGGAAGAGGAAGAUGAAGACGAGGAAGACAAAGCUGCAGAUUCCCUGGACGACAGCAUGGAAAGGGACACCGAGAUGCCAGGAUUCACGUUCCCUGGAGUCACUUCCCUGGAACCCCCCGUGGAUAGGGGACAACUUGGACAACUGGAAGGAGUUUCCUACCAAGUUCCAGAUGCCAUAGAGUGGGAAGAGCAGAACCAAGGCCUUGUGAGAAGCUGGAUGGAAAAGCUGAAAGACAAGGCUGGGUACAUGUCUGGGAUGCUAGUGCCCGUGGGUGUCGGAAUUGCCGGAGCCCUGUUCAUCUUGGGAGCCCUCUACAGCAUCAAGAUCAUGAACCGCCGGAAGAGGAACGGCUUCAAGAGGCACAAGAGGAAGCAGCGAGAGUUCAACAGCAUGCAAGAUCGGGUCAUGCUCCUGGCCGACAGCUCUGAAGAUGAAUUUUGAAUCGGACUGUGAUUCUGCCGCGGCCUUCAGUGACGUGGAUUUCAUUUUGACCUUGGGGCCAACAGCACGGCAUAUCCCGCUACGUCACGGCUGUCGGCCGUUCGGGCCCAGGGGUUGCCGGGCAGCGAGCGCCGUAUGCCGGGCCGAAGCAGUGGCAUGUUGUGCAUUACACGUACCGUGCGAUGAUUUUUUUUUUUACAGUAGUGAGGUUUUCCAUCCACGCACUGCAUCUCGUAAAUAGGCACAGUACAUAUUGUACAGUGGGACUAGACAGGUGGGGUUAAUAUCUUGCUUGUAUCACCGUGUCUCUUUCUAGGUUUAGGUUAACUGCACUCGUCACGGCCAUUAUUGUGAACAAAGCACGUUUAAUUUGGGAAUGGAAACCCUAACGCUGAAUGAGUUUGCCGAUCUCUGUCCGACGCAUUAGCGUGAAACGACGCGGUAUCUGAGCUCGAAGCCGAGCAGGCUGCGGUGAUGUUCCAAAAUGAGUCGCGUGUUAGACUCACGUCCUCUGUCACCGGGGAGGCCUCCCUGGCUGGGACUGUUAUUUCCGACUUGUUUACCUGCCUCCCCUUCAGCCUCAGCCUCCGGGAGGCUUUUUGUUCUCCUUUUCUUUCUUUCUCUCAGCAUGGGGAAGUGGGGUGAAAUAAUAGUAAGUAACCCGAGUCGUCGUCUGUGUGUCGUGAGUUUGUCUGGGCCCAAGACCCACCCGUCCGCAGCAGCGUACAUGUUGUCCUUCGUGAGGAUCGGAUUCCUCUUGUCGGGUGUGUUGUCGGAUUUUACGCAGGGAAGGGAAGCGGGGACGGGGAAAUUUCGGAGGGGUGGGGUCUUGCCCUCCCACUGGACGUGUCAGUAUAUGUGUGUGUGAUAGAGAAAGAGAAUGAAAGAGAGUAAGUGUGCGUGAGAGACAGACAGGCAGAAUGUGACUGUGGGUGAGAGCUAGAGUGAAAAUAGAGGGUGAGCGUAUAUGAGAGACAAGAGGCAGAUUGUGAGUGUCGGGUGUGAAAGAGAUUGAGUAUGAGUUUGUGAGUGACAGAGAAAGAGAAUAAAAGAGAGUAAGUGUGCGUGAGAGACAGACAGGCAGAAUGUGACUGUGGGUGAGAGCUAGAGUGACAAUAGAGGGUGAAUGUAUGAGACAGAGGCAGACUGUGAGUGUCGGGUGUGAAAGAGAUUGAGUAUGAGUUUGUGAGUGACAGAGAAAGAGAAUAAAAGAGAGUAAGUGUGCGUGAGAGACAGGCAGGCAGAAUGUGACUGGGUGAGAGCUAGAGUGAAAAUAGAGGGUGAACGUAUAUGAGAGACAGAGGCAGAUUGUGAGUGUCGGGUGUGAAAGAGAUUGAGUAUGAGUUUGUGAGUGACAAAGAGAAUAAAAGAGAUUGUGUGUGAGAGACAGACAGGCAGAAUGUGACUGUGGGUGAGAGCUAGAGUGAAAAUAGAGGGUGAAUGUAUAUGAGAGACAGAGGCAGAUUGUGAGUGUCGGGUGUGAAAGAGAUUGAGUAUGAGUUUGUGAGAGACAGAGAGUCAUAAAGAGUGAGUAGGUGAGACAGAGAGAGGGAGAUCGUUAGCAUGAGUGUGUACCCAGAACUGUGACCUCAGAUGAGUGCUAUAGCUAAAUCCGGGUAUUUACAGUGAGUCAGAGAGGCGCCGUGGUAGGGGAAUUGACUUUUAUUUCAGCGGAAGUGUCGCUCCUCCCCGGUGACACCCCCCUGACCGUCGGGUAAUCUUCCUCCCCCCGCCUCGCCCCCUCUUUCUUUAAAUUUUCCCCCAUUUCCUCCCUCCCCCACAUCAGGGAUUUUAGAACCGUUUCCCCAUAAUCACGGCUCUUCCUCACUCGCUCGCUCCCUUCGCAUCCCUCCCCAGAACUAGCGGCGGAAAGGAGGCCGGCUUGGUGGGAAGUCAAACUGGAUGGCUCGGAAAGCCGCAAGCGGCUGUCGACUGAGAAAUGUCACCGCUGUUCCUCGUUACUCAGGACGCCUUAAGUCGCAGACCGCCUGUUUGUGUGAGAGACAGAGGGAAGGAGAGAAAGAGAACUGUGGAUUGACUGGAAUUGCUUCAGGUUGUCUUUUUCAUUGCCCUGUCACGGCAGGAGCUGGUGGGGGAAUGUACCUUUUCGGCCCAACCGGGGAAUUGGCCAGAUGGUUCAGUGGCUAGCGCUCCAAAGCCAGCCGGGGCUUUGGGACAGCGGAGAGCCCGUGCCCUAGGUAGGUGAAGUCUUUUCUUCCCACGGGUGCCCGGAGUUGGGGCUUCUGAGGUUGGUGCGAUAUCAAGGAAGUGUCCGAACCAACUUAGAGGAGCAGCUGGCCGUCUGGGCUUACUCUCCAAACACACUCACUGCCCGGGCAGGACAGAACUCAGCCAAUUCUGCUCAUUACAGGGGGUUUUCUCAUCUCUGAAUUUGCUCUCCUUUUCUCUCUCCAGCCCUUCCCCUUUCCUCCAUCCCUUCCCCACACCCCAUCCCCUUUCUUUAGCUCUAGACCCUCUUCUGAGGUUAGCCUCGUUUCUCUCUGGGAUCCAUUUCCGAAUCCAUCCUUGGGUUACCGUGAGAGCUCUCCCCUCCCUCCUCACCCAACUGGGCACCAGAGGGAACAUGCCGGGUCACCUGGACAGGGCUCAAGCCUGGUUGAGGGGGGUUUAGGGAGGGAACUGUACCCUCCCAAAUGCUUAGUACAGUGCUCUGUACCCAGUAAGCGCUCAAUAAAUACGGAUGAUUGAUUGAGU